UAUCGAUAUUUACCCACCUCUAUCCAACGUGCACGUUUUAAUUUUAAUUCAAUUUUUUUAAAUUUGAUCGUGCUCCCCGAAUCAAGAAAUAUACAAUGCAAACAGAGGACAACGCAAAACGAAAGCGGCCGAAGAGGAAGGGUAAUCGCUUCAUGCGAAAUGCCAAGGGCUUCGCCAAGCAGGGAAUAUUCGGCCGCGGGACGCACAUCGACGAUGAGCAGUUCAGCUACUUCAUCAACAUUUUGGAUGCCAUGAAAGCUGGAUUCGAGGAAGUAGAAGAGCGCGUGAACAUGGCCAACAAUGUGUUCGAGCAGACCAACGACCAGGAAAUCCACCUAGCAUCUAACCAAAUCGUCUCCAAGGCACUGGAGUCGCUGGUCGGCUUCGUGGAUGACGUCCAGUUGGAGCGGUAUUUUAACAAAUUCGGCGACAAUCUGCGACCCCUGUGCUCUGACCGGUUUGCGUCUCACGUUCUGCAAAAAAUGCUAGAGAUCGCCUUCCUGCGAGGUGUGGGCAAGAAGUCUGUCGACCAGGAGCAAAGCGAUGCAGCCAAACGUGCCAAGCCGGAUGCAGCCCAGAUCGAGGAGGAAUACAACCUGGAGGCCGACUUCAGUGAAGAGCACCGAGAAAACUGUCGACAGUUCGUGUUGCGCAUCUCAAAGUUCAUGCUGAACAAUCUGGAAGACUUUGUGUGGGACACCUGCGCCAGCCACAUCAUGCGGACAGCUAUUCUCAGUCUGGUGGGAAUGCAUGUACCGAAAAUUGCCUUCGAGAAGGGAGGCGCUGAAAUGGCCAAACAUCGGAAGCUGUACGAGGUGCCGGACGAAUGGCACGAGGUGAUGAAGGAGUUCCCACAGCGCCUGGAGAUGUGGCCCCAGUUCACAGACUUCCCCUACCAAGAGCACUCAUCGGCGCUGCUUGGCGUCAUCUGCUUGGCCCUGAGUGUGGCAGACAAAAGCAUGCUGAAGCACUUUGGGAAAAAAAUCCUUACGGUCAGCUUGCUGAAGCCAAGCGAUGCUGAAGAAGAUGAGAAGAAAGACGAAAAGGAUGCCAAAAUCGAAAUCAAAGAUGACGACGAUAUGGAAGAGGGAAAUACGCAGCCAAAUCCUAAGGGCGGGGAGGAACAGAAGGAAGAAGUUGACGCGCCCAUCAUGCCCAAAGUCUUCCAUCACCAGAGCUCUGUCAUUCUGCUCGAAACUAUUUUAAGCGUGGCGGGAGCCAAGUUACUGACCCAGCUGUACGCAAUGCUAUUCUGCGGUCGCGUUGCUUACCUUGCGCAGCAGCACGAGACAAACUUCUCAAUCCAGCGCCUCCUGCAGCACAUCAAAGAGACAUCAGACUUCGAGGCCGUCUUUACCGAGCUGCAGCCACAGGUGGAAGGACUGCUCAAAAUGGGGUACACUGGCGUGGUGUCCGCCCUGAGUGCCACUUGCCUACGACUGGGCACCAAGCAGGCCCAGAUGAUAGCAGCUCUUCAAAGCGCUCUUUAUGUGAGCGGCGGUGACAAAGAUAAGUCCAAGCUCUUCUUUAACUGUCUGGUUAAGCUGAAGCCCUUUGAAGUGGUGGGCAGCGACGAGUCGGGCUUCGUUCACUUGCAUGGCUCCUUGAUCGCACAACAUAUCCUGCAGUUCAACAAACCCAUCUUCCUUGUUAACUGCAUCCUGGAUCUGCCCGCUACGCAGCUGUCGCUGGUGUUCAACACUCCCAAUGGCUCCCACAUCGUAGAUGCCUUUAUGCAAAGCAAGUUUAUUGGUGAAAAGUCCCGCGAGAGGUUGAUACGCCAGCUCGAAGGGUUCUACGUCGACUUGGCCAUCACCCGGCACGGCUCCCGCGUUCUCGAACAGUGCUUCAAGGCCGCGCAGGAAGCCCAGAAGCUCCGCAUUGCCAAGGAGCUGUUUUCCAAGGCAAACAUGCUAAAGGGUUCGCCCUACGGUCGGCUCAUCUACACAAAAUACCGGAUGGAUACGUACAAGCUGUCGCCCAGUCAAUGGCAGGAAAGUUUGUCAAAGCAUCUGGACGUCGAGCAGCCCAAGGAGAUAAAGCGGAAAACAGCGAAAACAGCUGCAGAAGCUUUCAAGGAUAUCCUUAGCUAGUAUCUAAACUUUUGUGUUUAAAUACAUCGACGUAUCGAAAAACUUAUUGAUAGGAUAUUGUAAAUAUAAGAUCACUUUUUAUUACAACA